UUUAAAGAUGGCAUUUUCAUAUUGGUAUAUUUCCUCAAUUCAGUAUUUAUUCAGGUACCUUUUUUUCUAGAAUCACCAUUGUUCCUUUCGAGUUGAGUGAAAUUACAUUUUAAAUACACACGAUCUCCAAAUAAUCAUUUUAAAUACAUUUUACAAAUGAAGAGCGUAGGCCUUUCAAUUUGUUCCACUGCCGUUUAAUAACAUGGGCAAUUAAAUUUAACAGAUUGAUGCGAUUCAGUUGAAUUCAGUACAGAUAAUAGUGUGAUAAAGUAACGAAUACACCCUCACUGAUUAGAAGUGUUUCAUAAAUCAUUGCAAUGGCUUAUAGACAUAUUGGGUUUAUACUCCUUCUUUGGAUUUUUAAUGUCGGAAGUGAUCACAGAGAGGAGACAUAUGGAGGAUAUCCUUUUUGGGAAGACUGGAAACCGUCUCGAUACUCACUUGAUAUUUGGAUGAAAAUUGAAGAGAAGUCAUUUUUUGGAGAAGUUCGCAUAACAGGAACAGUUUUAAAAGACACGGAUAAACUGGGAUUUCACAGCAAAGUGAACAUUAAAGAUGGAUUUUAUUCAAUAAAAGACACUAAUACAAAAUUAAAUUUGAAUUUAGCAUCAGAAAAUGUCACUUGUGGGGUUAUUAUUUUUGUGUUAGAUCAAAUUAUAAGGAAAGAUGUUGAAUUUAUUCUCACAUUAAAAUACAGUGGUAAUAUGAAUGAACUAAAAGGACUGUAUAUGUCUUUUUAUGAAUUCAAUAAUGAAAAAAGAAAAGUAAUUAGUACAGAAUUUCAACCUAUGGGGGCCCGAUUGGUAUUUCCCUGUAUAGAUAUUCCUAGUUAUAAAGCAGUAUUUGAGAUUAAAUUGGGUAGGCCCCAGUCCAUGAAGGCUCUGUCAAACAUGCCAAUUAGAAACACAUCAGCUCCAGACCCAAAAAUAAAGGGUCAGGUAUGGGACACAUUCUACCCAACUCCAAAAAUGUCCACUUAUAAUGUGGCAUUUGUUAUAUUCGAUGACCUGGCGAGCGCAGAAUUUCCAAAAAACAACACUAUAUGGUAUCCAGAAGCAAUAAAAGAAAAUAUACUUUUACCAUCUGAAAUUAUGGCAGUUUUAUUAGAGGCAAUGGAAAACUACACUGGGAUAGAUUAUAAUCUACCAAAAAUGGAUCUUGUGCUGGUUCCCAACAAAAUAGUUGCUGCUAUGGAAAGUUGGGGUCUCAUCACAUGGAGCCAUAGAUUCCUGUUUUUAAAACGUGAAAUGUCUACAUUUGAUGACGAGUUAAAAUUUGUUCUUAUUAUGGCACACGAAAUUGCACAUCAGUGGUUUGGAAACCUUGUAACAUGCAGAUACUGGUGUUAUUUGUGGUUGAAUGAAGGCAUUACAUCAUACUUAAUGAAUCUGAUUGUGGACCAAUUAUUUCCAGAAUCAAAAGCAAUGGAAUUGUUUGUGUCAAUAAACAUGGAAAGUGUUAUAUCUGAUGAUUUCUAUAUGCCGUUUUCUUUGGUAGAAAAAAAAUUCUGUCAGGAUAGGAUUUUAAAAUAUACUACAUCUUUUAAUACAUAUUUAAAAGGUAGUGCUAUAACAAACAUGGUUGCUAACAUAAUAAUGAACAAUGGUUCAUUCAGACAAGGAUUGCAAACUUAUCUGAUGGAAAACCAAUUUGAUUCUGUCACAGAGAAAGAACUUUGGGGAGCAUUGCAGACCAAAAUGGGCAAUAAUUCAAUUCCUGACGGAGAAUCCCUUGAGUCAUUGAUGUAUGGUUGGACUCACAAUUAUGGAUUUCCUCUGCUGACAGUCUACAGACAUAAAAACGGUUCUCUCACUGUCAAACAGAAACCGUUUGAUAUGCCAAGAAAAAAUGGUGAUGUUGAAAGCCAUUGGUGGAUUCCCGUAACAUACACAACAUCAAAAGAGAGAAAUUUUGAAAAUGUUCAUCUCAAAGAGUGGCUUAGGCCAACCAAUGAAGCACAACCAGUUACACCAAUCUUAGCGGACGAUGAAUGGAUAAUUUUGAACCUUCAGAAAAUAGGCUAUUACAAAGUCAACUAUGAUCAAAGGACUUGGGAGCUGAUUGCUACAGAUUUAUUGAAUGAUAAUUUGGUCAAAAUUCACCCACUGAACCGGGCCCAAAUAAUAAAUGAUGCUAUUUUCCUUGCCAAUUCAAAACUUCUUAGUUACUCAACUUUCUUAAAUCUUUCAAGAUACCUAAAAAAUGAGGCCUAUUAUGCUCCACUCUACAAUGGUCUUUCGUUCAUUCUUGAGUUGGUUCAUUAUUCAAUGGGAACACCAGUUCACGACACCCUUAAAACAUACUACAAGUACAUUGUAUCUAAUGUGUACAAACGCGUUACAUCCAGAGGUUUCCGAGUCACCAAUUUAAUUAACUAUGCUCUCAAAAUGAUGAUUGUUAAAUACGGCUGUUCAUUAGAUUUCCAACACUGCAAGAAUCAAACUAAACAACUUCUCGAUGAUAUCAUGAAUAAUAGAAUUGAUGAAAAUCAGUUAAAUUCUGAACUGAGGAGUACUUUUUGGUGUACUGCAUCUAAAAUAGGAGAUGAGAAGGUGUUUAACUACAUUAAACAGAAAUAUAUCAAAGAGAAAAACUGGAAAUUAAAAGAAGAUUAUUUCAAUGCUCUUUUUUGUGUUAAAAACAAAGAGCUAUUUCAAAGGCUGUUGAAAGAUAUUUUAUAUAAAGCUGACUACUUGAAACAAGAAACCUUAACUAGCUUACUAUCAAAUCUUGUUUCUUCAGAUAGUUCAUGUUAUACAAUUGACUAUUAUUCUGAAAAUUUUGAUUCUCUUAAUUUACAUUUUGGAAAUGAAUCAGUAAAGGAGCAGCUUAAGAAAAUUAUUUCUAGCCGUACUGGGAAAAAAGAGUGUAAAGACAAAUUAGCAGAGCUGUUGGAACAAAAAUCCAUUAAUGUGGUCAUUUUGGAAAGGUUUUGGGACAGAAAGUAUGUAGCUGAAAUUACGUCCUGGUUUAAGAAUGCAGCCAUUGAUUUUGAAAUAAAAGAGGACAAUACUGAUAAAAGUGACACAAAUAUAUUUAUUGAUAACAACACAAAUUUUUUUAAAGUAAUUAAAUAACCUUGUUAGUAUGCUAUACUGCCAAAAAGUUUUAUUUGUAGUAAUAUGAUAAAUGCCAUAAAAACAUUGAUUAAGAAUUUUAUUUCCA